AUGAACACAAAUUAUCCUUUGUGUUACAAGUGCAAGAAGAACAACGCUAUAGUUUGGACAAGGGAAAAAUCAUGCAAAGAGUGUUUUUUACAACUGGUGGAAUAUACAUUUAAAAAUACAUUAAGGGAAAAGUGUUUAUUUAAAAACAAAGGAAAUCAUAAUUAUCAAGUUGUGCAACAGUACGAAAAAGAAAAUGAAAAACGGAAAGAUAUACAGGAAAAGAAGUGUUUUAAAAUGCUUGUUGAAGAUGAACAUGUUCACAACAUAACAAGAAAUAAUUUUAAGCAUGUAAACACAGGAAAAUAUGUGAAGGAAUCUGAAAAAAAUGGAAAAAUUAUGAUGAACACCUUGUAUGUGCAACAGGAAAAGAAAAGAACAGCUAUAGCAUUUUCAGGGGAUAUAUGCUCAUCUUUUCUUCUCUUUUCAUUUGUCAAAUAUUUAAAAAACGUGAAAAACAGAAAAAACGAUUUUUACCUAACGAAUGAAUAUUGCAUUUUUAGUGACAUAAUAUUUGUAGACAUUUUUGAAGAUGAAAAUUAUAUUUUUAAGUUGAUAAAAAGCAUACAGGAAAUUUUUCGUAUUUUAGAGGAAAAUGAUGAUUUGAAAGGAAGGAUAAAAAAAAACGAAAUGAAUGAGGAAAUGAUAAACACUGAGAAAGAAACAUUGACAAUCCAAGGUAACGAAAAAAUACAUGAUGACAUAAAUGAUGAAUCGAACCCCUCAAUAGACAACAAUAAGAUACUGUUCAUUAAUGGAGUGUUUAAAAAAAAAGUAAACAAAGUACAUUUUACAGUAUUAAAGAGCAAUUAUUUUGUGAAUGAGUGUUAUAAAAAUGAAUUUCUAGUGUACUAUGACUUAAUAAAAAAGGAAAAAAAUUAUUACUUGAACUACAUGAAUGAGCUAAUUAUAUACAACAACAUUUUAAAAUAUGGUAUAGAUGAGAAUAUUAAUUACGUUUUUUGGGGUAAUAAUGCAAAUAAUAUCUCUAAUAAGUCUUUUUUAUAUACCAUAUUUGGCAAUGGAAUAAAUUUGCCCAUAUGUACAGCGUAUAUAGAUAAUAGAUAUAAGAACAUAAAUUUUAUUAAACCAUUGAAGGAUCUGUUGAACAAAGAAAUAUAUAUCUAUUGUUAUUAUAAAAAUAUUACAUAUUUACACAACACAUUGUUUGAUAAUAAUAUUGUAUAUAGAACUAUAAACGAAAUGUUGUCUACCUUGGACUCGAAGAAUAAUACGACGUCUAUAAUUAACAAUACAAUUGGAAAUUUGGUCAAUUUGAUGAAUGUACCAAAUGUGAUAAAUGAGAUGAAUCAUUCAAAUAGGAGGAAACAUAGCCAUGAAUGUAUGGAAAUGAGUGAAGGUAAAAACGUGAAGAAUCACAACUACAGUGAUAUAAAUAUGCACGAUGCUGUAAAAACUGGCAAUAUAGGAAUUAUUCCCAAAAUAUCUCACAGUUACAAUGGUUUUGAAAAAGAUUACAAAAUGAAUUGCAUGAAGGAAUGUGUAAAUAAUUAUAAAAUAUGUUCUGCCUGUUACAUAUGCUCAGGUAAUAAGGAGACAAAGGAAGAAAAAACAUUUAUAAAAAAAUUGAAUAAAAUUCAGUUGUCAAAUUUAGAAAAAAUGAAAUAUACGAAUUUGAUUUGUUCCACAUGUUUGAGUAUAUUUUCAUCUAGUGAGAACUGUGUAAAUCUUUUCAAUGUCUUUUUUUAA